CCUUUUCCACCGUUCUGUCAUUGUCCCCCGUAUCCUCCGCCUGAGUCAGCAACGUGCUUUCUCAUCCUCCUCAGUCGCCAGAAUGAAGGUAGAACCCGUCCUCGUUAGCGCAGACAACUACGCCUAUUUCGUCAUCGACGAGACCAGCAAGGAAGCAGCGGUAGUUGACCCCCUCAACUUCUCCAAAGUACGCGGUGCUGCACAGGAACUCGGUGUUAGCAUCAUCGCAUGCAUCACCACCCAUCACCACCCAGAUCACAGCGGCGGAAACAAGGACUUCGCCGCCGCCUUUCCCGAUGCCCCAAUUUACGGCGGCAGUGACAAAGUACUUGCCGCGAACAAAAUCGUCGGUGAUAACGACAGCUUUACCAUCAGCAAGAGCCUCAGUGUCAAAUGUCUGGCAACCCCGUGCCACACCAGAGACUCUAUCUGCUACUAUGUGACUGAUAGUUCCAACCCCUCGCAGCCUGGGGCUGUGUUCACUGGCGACACACUAUUCCAAGGUGGAUGCGGACGCUUUUUCGAGGGCAAUGGAGCAGAGAUGCAUGCUGCGUUGACCAAGCUGGGCAGAUUGCCCAACGAGACGGUUGUGUAUAAUGGCCACGAAUAUACAACAGGGAACGUUGCGUUCGCGAGAUCCGUGGACCCAGAGAACGCAGCGAUCAAGAAGCUCCACGAGAUGUCCCAGCAGAACCAGGCCACCUGUGGGCUUACCACCAUUGAGGACGAGAAGGAGUUCAACGUUUUCAUGCGCCUCGACAGUGACGCGGUCAAGAAAGCAACGGGCGAGUCCGAGCCCACUGCCGUCAUGGACAAGCUUCGCGAGAUGAAGAACAGCUUCAGAGCGUGAGUAGCGGGCGUUUGUACCUACAGCGUCGCAUCUUUAGUCAGGAAGUAAGAAGAAAUUGCUUGAUGAGGUUGUCAAUACGAAUAUACAUGGAGUAGAUGUACCGUUCAUCGCGGAAAUGUAGCCAAUAGAGACAUGAUAUGUAUUACACGCACUUUUCACAACCAGAAGCCACCCCGGAAGAAAUCGAAACACGAAAUGGGCGGUGUUUAGCCCAUACCGAUGGUCUUAAGGACGGCAGCGCGAGCGUAGGGGAUGUAGGAGAUCGAGUACCACGUGUAAGCGAGGUAUUCGAUGAUAACGAAGAUUAUACAGAGGACUCCAUUCUUAAGGACGAAUGCUCCAACGAAGACCAGCGCGAUGGUCGCGAACAGGACAAUCGUAGCAAUGAUGCGGACAGGCUUGAACAUCAUUUUGAUUUGGGUCGGGAAGCCCAUGAGGAACCCUGUGCCCGCGAGGGACACCAGGAUGCCAACUGAGUACAGCAAGGCAAAGAUGGCCAGUUGGCCAAGCAGAAGAAGGAUGGUCCCCAGAAGACUGAGGACAAACCCGAUGACGAGGCAUCCCACGAAGCCAUACAGACGCUGCUUGCGAGUGAGGCCAAGGAAGCUGAAGGCGGAGUCCCCUUCAAAGAACUCGGUGUCGGGGAUCAUCCCGCCCGCCGCUUCGAGGUUGAACCAUCCCUUGCUCGCCAUGGUGGUCGUAGAGAAUCGAGUUUCAAGAAUGCGCGAGUGUGGUUUGGAUAGGGCUGUUGACAAAAGCGGAAGAUGAAGUCGUUAGAAGGGUGUUGAUUGUCGGUGGGUGAGCUAGCUGUUCCAGCAGCGGAUGGUGGUCGUGAAACUUAUGGGCGUAGGGAGAGCGUCAAGGUACG